AUGAGCAGAAACAGUCCACUGACUCCACGUUGAGAGCUCGCCGGGUUGACAGCGAAAAUGGUGUUAGACAUUGAAUUAUUCCGUUCUGAUAAGGGCGGUGAUCCCGAUAAGAUUCGGGAAAACCAAGCAAAACGAUUUAAGGACGUAACUUUGGUCGACAAGGUGGUGGAAUUCGACACGCAAUGGAGGAAAUUGAGAUACAGAGCAGACCUGUUAAACAAACUAAAGAAUAUGUGCAGCAAAGUUAUAGGAGAAAAAAUGAAGAAAAAGGAGGACCAAGGUAAGGACACUACACUACCGCAGGAGAUAAAGGACGAUAUAGACAAUCUUAAGCCAGAACAAAUGGCGGGUCUGACUGUCACACAGAUCAAGCAGGUACGGAUCCUGAUUGACGACAACAUCAAGGAAAACGAUGCUGGACUACUAAAGAGUGAGGCCGAGAGGAAUGAGGCCCUAAAGGAAAUGGGCAACCAUCUACAUCCUAGUGUCAUUGUCAGUAAUGAUGAGGAUGAAAAUGGUGUGGAGCGUACAUUUGGGGACUGUGAGACAAGAAAGAAGUACUCCCAUGUAGAUCUCGUAGUUAUGGUUGAUGGAGUAGACAGCGAUCGAGGGGCAGUGACGGCCGGGGGACGUGGCUACUACCUCAAGGGUCCGUUGGUGUUUUUGGAGCAAGCUCUGAUCAACCUUGCGUUGGGUAUGCUUCACAAUAAAAAAUACACACCGCUGUACACGCCGUUCUUCAUGAGGAAGGAAGUGAUGCAGGAAGUGGCUCAGCUGUCACAGUUUGACGAUGAACUCUACAAGGUCGUAGGUAAGGGCAGUGAGAAGGCAGAGGAGAGUGUUGUAGAAGAGAAAUACCUGAUUGCCACUGCAGAACAGCCUAUUGCUGCCUACCACCGAGACGAGUGGAUACCCACUGAGAGUCUGCCCAUCCGCUACGUUGGUUACUCGACAUGCUUCCGACAGGAGGUCGGCUCACAUGGGCGGGACACACGUGGAAUCUUCAGGGUCCAUCAAUUUGAAAAGAUUGAACAGUUCUGUCUAACUUCACCUCAUGAUAAUAAAUCUUGGGAAAUAUUUGACGAGAUGAUAACAAAUGCUGAAGACUUUAACAAAUUGCUUGGGAUUCCAUACCGGAUAGUGAGCAUUGUGUCAGGUGCCCUGAACAAUGCUGCAGCCAAGAAGCUGGACUUAGAGGCAUGGUUCCCUGCAUCAGGGGCAUUCCGAGAGCUGGUCUCCUGCUCCAACUGUCUGGACUACCAGGCACGUCGACUCAAGGUCCGCUACGGACAGACCAAGAAGAUGAAUCAGGAGGCGGAUUACUGCCAUAUGUUAAAUGCCACGAUGUGUGCCACGACGCGAGUGAUAUGUGCCAUACUGGAGAACUACCAGACAGAAGAUGGAGUCAUCGUGCCCGAGCCACUCAAACUCUACAUGCCCGAGUGUUGGAAGGAGAAGAUUCCAUUUGUUAAACCAGCACCAAUUGAUCAAGAGGAGACGAAGAAACAAAAGAAACACAAGGAAGGUCAGAAGAAGGGAAAGAAAGGUGCCGAAAACUUAGAAACCGACGUGCAGAAAAUGAACAUUGAAAAAUAGACGUUUCAAUUUUAUAGACUAUCGUGUAUGUAACUACUCGCUGUGAUCUGCCGAUGAUGUAGUGCCACACUUACUCAGCAGAGAGUCACCUGGCCGUGUGGUCAGUGGACCGAGGCAUCUGACACAGAGUCAUGGUGAUUUUAUACUCCUGACUGACCAACCAACCUGUUGGUCAAGCUGUUCGUCAAAGACGUGCUCUCCAAAAAGAUGGGACACUAAAGUUUCUCUGUGUGUAUCCAUGUCUGGUUUGUUUGGUGCAGGGUUUACCUUUCAUGACAAGACUUGGAAUCUGAAUCUGUGCACUCCAGUUGGUUGUCUUGAGAUAUUUUUUUUAUGUUGAAUGUUUCUAAAAAAGAAGCAGUCUGUUACUUAAUGUUUUGGUUUGGGGACUUAUGUGUUAAGUACAUAUAUAAUCAAGACAACUUUAUAUUUUUCUUUGUUUUCAAUGUGUAUAACACACAGCAAAUUUUGUUAUGGGUACAGAUAUAUUAAGGAAAUAAUGCUGGACUGCAAUCUUUCCUAGAUUCAGGUUCUGUUCCUUCAUCAAUCUCUGUUAUAUGCAUAGGUUGCAUUAAAUAUUUGUUAUGUCUUUGUGACCAAUUGCGAUCCUCCUUUCAAUGGGAAAAGGUUAUCUCCCUUGUCUGCACAUGUACUGCUACUGACUAUUUACAUACUGACAACAUCAUGUUAAUAUAGAUAAUAUAUGUUUACUGGUUUAGCAGACUUUCUUUCAGGAAUCAUGAAAUUAUACCAUGCCAAUAUGAAAGUUCAUAUUUGAAAUCUUUUUGAUUUUGUCCCAACCAGGCUAUUAAGUAAUGUCUACCAAUACCAUCAGAGAGCUUCUGCUGUGUGAUACGUAGGUCAUCACUUAAAGUACACCUUCUCCAGAAAAAUGGAUUUCAUUGGUACAAAAUUCUGGAAUACGUUUUAUAGAAUAUAAUGAAUUAUUUACUUGUUUCAAAAGUGCUUCGACUAUUAGACCAGUAGCUAGUAACAAAUCCUAUGACUCUACAACACUAAUACUGUAUUCAGUAGUCCACAGCUUUGCUUUCUCCAUGUAACACCAAACCAGCUUCACCAAUCUAGAGUGGAAAACAGUCAAUGUGAUGUAAAACACAGGGAAAAUAAAUUAUUGACUCAUACAUUA